GGCUGCGUCAUUCUCUUGCGUCCAGAGCCUAGUUCUCCACGUGGGUUCCGUAGAGAAACUCGCUCUGGAGAUCAUGGCGGGAACCGGGACUGGGGACUCGGCAGGAGCCGAGGCCCCACAGCCUCAGAAGCGCUACUAUCGGCAGCGGGCUCACUCCAACCCCAUGGCGGAUCAUACGCUGCGCUACCCUGUGAAACCAGAGGACAUGGACUGGUCUGAGCUAUACCCAGAGUUCUUCGCUCCAGUGCCUCAAAAUCAGAGCCACGAUGACCCAAAGGAUAAGAAAGAAAAGAAAGCUCAGGCUCAAGUGGAGUUUGCAGACGUAGGCUGUGGCUAUGGCGGCCUGUUAGACACGCUGAUUCUGGGUCUGGAGAUCCGGGUGAAAGUCUCAGACUAUGUACAAGACCGGAUCCGGGCCCUGCGAGCCGCUCCUGGAGGUGGUUUCCAGAACAUCGCCUGUCUCCGCAGCAAUGCCAUGAAGCACCUUCCUAACUUCUUCCACAAGGGCCAGCUGACAAAGAUGUUCUUCCUCUUCCCUGACCCACAUUUCAAGCGGACGAAGCACAAGUGGCGAAUCAUCAGUCCCACACUGCUGGCAGAAUAUGCCUACGUGCUGAGAGUUGGGGGGCUGGUGUAUACCAUAACUGACGUGCUGGAGCUGCAUGAGUGGAUGUGCACCCACUUUGAAGGGCACCCGUUGUUUGAGCGUGUGCCUCUGGAGGAGCUGAGUGAAGACCCCAUUGUGGGACAUCUGGGCACCUCAACCGAGGAGGGAAAGAAAGUUCUACGCAAUGGAGGAAAGAACUUCCCAGCCAUCUUCCGAAGAAUACAGGAUCCCACCCUCCAGGCAGUGACUCCCACUCCUACCCCUCCUGGUCACUGACUUUGCCUUUGCCUUAGUGGAACCCUGUAUUUGGGGGACUGGAACGGAGAUCAGGCCUUUGGACCUUCCCAGCUGAGCCUGCUACAGAGAGAGCAGGCAGCAGUCUCCAAGUUGAAGAGCUGCCCAGGGCAGGACCCUGGAGUUCAGGACUGCCCCAGACGCCUCUUACCUUCUUGCCCUUCCACUGGCAGCAAAACCCAAAGCAGCUGACUGGGAAGGUCAAAAGACCUUGGACCAGAAGGGAUCCUUGGAAAGGAGUGGGAACUUGCUCUUCCUUAGCACUCCCUUUUCCUAGGAGCUCUCCGCAGCUGGAGUGAGGAAUGCCCUUCUCCACUGUCCAUCUACACUGCCUGCUAGACUCAAAUCACCUGCCCACUCACGUUUCCUUUACGGUUCUGAGGGUAACAUGCAUGUGUGUGCACAUAACAUGCUACGUUUUUGAGGAAAGGCUAGAGUGUGUAUCACUCCCAUCCUCUCCCUGCCCAAGACUUGACCUGGGGAACCCGUGUUCCCUUUGUUCUUGCUGUCUCUGGAGAUCCUGGGAGAGUGUGGUGGUGGAGACCCCCUCCCUUCUCAUGUUGACCUUUGCUUUGAUUUCAGAGCUGACUGACUAGCACCGAACCUGCUUGUGGGAGGCGGGAGUAAGGAGCAGAGAGCUGAGCUGGGGAGGAUUCUGAGGCUAAGAGUGGAAAGGGGCUGCUGACUAGAAACCCCACACACACACAGGAGACUGAGUCAGCUGGAGAGUCAGAACUCUAGCUUAACCCUUGCUCUGUCCAGGAGCCCAGAAAAAUCUCUCAACUCUUCUAGUUUGCAAUAAGUUCCUUGGUUUCUGCUCCUCAAGUCUCAUAUUCCCAUGGCUGGUAGGACAGGGCUUGUUGACCCAAAAGACCAACCCCCUCUCCUCAAGGAAUAAAAAUGAAGGCUCCUGAAACCGUUUUAGCCCAUGAA